AUGGCUCUCUCUAAGCACGUCAACCCCGACCGGCUCAUUCAACAGUCCAAGGACCACAAAAACCACCACCAUCUAACCAAGUCCAACCCCGACACUCUCAGCCACGCAUACGGGGCUCGAUACGGCACUAGUUCGAUCCCAAAAUACAAAAUUCCGACCAAGGGAGCUAAUGCUCAAGCGUCAUAUCAACUUAUCCACGAUGAACUCUCGCUUGACGGUUCUCCGCUAUUGAAUUUGGCGUCUUUUGUGCAUACGUGGAUGCCAGAAGAAGCUGAUAAACUCAUGCAAGAGAACAUGUCAAAGAACUUGAUCGACCAGGACGAGUACCCCAUGACUCAGAAUAUCCACACCCGCUGCAUCUCCAUCCUUGCAGACCUCUGGCAUGCACCAUCCUCUCAUCAGGCUGUUGGAACGGCCACCACUGGCUCCUCGGAGGCCGUCCAGCUUGGUGGUCUUGCCAUGAAGAGAAUCUGGCAAGAAAAUCGCAAGAAGGCGGGCAAAUCUAUCCACGAGCCGGGACCCAACAUUGUCAUGGGCAGUAAUGCUCAAGUUGCUUUGGAGAAGUUCGCGAGGUACUUCGAGGUUGAGAUGCGCCUGGUCCCUGUCUCUGUGGAGAGUAAGUACAGGCUUGACCCCAAGAAGGCUAUGGAUUACGUGGACGAAAACACCAUCGGUGUUUAUGUCAUCCUGGGCAGCACUUACACAGGUCACUACGAGCCAGUCAAGGAGAUGUCAGACUUGUUGGACGAGUAUGAAGCCAAAACUGGCCAUUUCGUCCCUAUCCACGUUGACGGUGCUUCUGGAGCAUUUGUGGCACCUUUCGCCAACCCCAAACUCCCCUGGGACUUCAAGCUGCCCCGUGUCGUUUCCAUUAACACAUCUGGCCACAAGUUUGGCCUUGCCUAUGUCGGUGUCGGCUGGAUCAUUUGGCGUGAUCAAGCACACCUACCCAAGGAUCUCAUCUUCGAACUUCACUACCUCGGCUCUGUCGAGUACUCCUUCUCUUUGAAUUUCUCUCGGCCCGCCGCACCUAUCAUCGCGCAGUACUUCAACUUCUUGCAUCUUGGAUUCGAGGGUUACCGCAAUGUGGCGCUUGCGGAUUUGAAGAAUGCGAGGACGCUUUCGAGGGCUUUGGAGAACAGCGGGUACUACUUCGUCUUGAGCGAUAUCCAUCGCAAGAUCGAGCAGGAAGGGGGAGUGACUGGAGCUGCGAAGCAAGCUCUGGCCGCACUUGAUGAUGAAGAUAUCGAGAACUACGUACCUGGUCUUCCCGUCGUCUCGUUCCGUUUCUCGGAUGGCUUCAAGCAGAAGUACCCGGACAUACAACAGAAGUGGAUUCAAACCCUUCUUCGCACGAAGGGAUGGAUUGUGCCCAAUUACGAGUUGUCACCAGACCUUGAUCAAGUAGAAAUUCUCCGUGUUGUCGUCAGAGAGAACAUGACUGAGGCUCUCAUCGAUCGACUUGUCGCAGACCUGAUUGAGGUAACGGAGUCGCUUGCGAAGGAAGACUCUCCGGCACACGCACUGGCCUCUCUUGGAGCUCACACACACCGUCUCUCCAGCCACGAGGACGAACAUGGACGUAUCCAGGAGCAUGAACACAAAGGCGGUCAAGAAUAUUCGGGCACCUAUGCGAAGACAUGUUAG